AUGUGUUACUCCACGAGCCUUCUGUCGUUCUGUACCUUGACUCUUGCAUGGUUCUCGUGCCACGGUGCUCCUGUGCUUGGGCCGGGUGUAGAAGUACUUCCGGCAGCAUUUUCAGAUGGAAGUGAACCGAAAUACGUGGUAGUGAAUAAUGACGAAAGUAAAGCACCACAACCGUUGCAAACGGUAUUGCUAAGGUCGCAACAGGAAGACACCACAACUCAGCAAACCUUGGCACCGAUCGUGUAUCAGCAGCCAGUACAGGUCCCACAACCGGUUCCUGUUCAACCUCAGCAGCCGAUUGUGUAUCAACAACCGCAGCCCCGUGUGAUUGCGUAUCAACAACCACAAGUUCAGUACCAACAACUUCAGCCCCAACAACAAGUCGUUUAUCAACAACCGCGAUCACCAGUUCAGUACCCGCAACAACCAAUGUAUGUGCAACGGCCGUACUAUCCGCAACAGCCCGUCGAGUACUCACAGCCGUACUCACCCUACAAUAGUCAGCCAGUACGCGGUGCCGCCAACCCCAGGCCGGAAUCGCAAUCUUCUUCUACUGGCUUCUUUAGUACGAUCGCGCGAGCACUCGGUUUCGACAGCGGAAGUACACAAUCAUCUUCAUCAUCCGGGACAUUGGGACUUUUAAGCAGUGCUUUAGGGUAA